AUGGCCUCCAACACCGACGCCGCCUUCGUCGAGGACACCGACAUCGAGCAGCAGCUGAGGGCGCGCGCCCAUGGCUCCAAGCCGCCCAAGACACCGGGCGCGACCUCGCCGGGCCCCAACAGCGACGACGAGGACGCGCCGCUGCUGGGUGCCUCGCCGGCUGCCAGCGGACACGAGCAAUGGGCUGGCGAUGCCGACUUUCGCGGCCUUCCCUGGUGGAAGCGCCCUUCGAUAUUCUGGCUCCUGCCUCCCUUCCUGCUCUUCACCAUCGCGUUUGGCGGCAUCAUCGUGCCCAAGAUCAACCUGAUCAUGGACCUCGUCUGCGAGGAAUACUACGCGACCCUAGAGACCGACCCCAUAUCCUCUCCCAUGGACCCGGGCCAGGACCGAUGCCAGAACGACGCCGUGUCCUCGCGCUCCUCCCUCUUCCUCCUGUACGCCAGCUUGUGCUCCGGCAUACUCUCCGCCAUCAUCAGCCCAAAGAUUGGCGCCCUCUCGGAUCGGUACGGGCGCAAGAAGUUCAUGAUAGCCAACACCUGCGGCGCCCUCUUUGGCGAGGUCCUCACAAUCCUGGCCGCCAAAUUCCCCGACACGGUGCACGUCAACUGGAUACUCGUUGGCUACUGCUUGGAGGGCGUAUCGGGAUCCUUCAUCGUCGGCAUGGCAUGUGCCCACUCGUAUGCCUCCGACUGCGUUGCACCACAGAAGCGGAACGUCGCCUUUUCCUACUUCCACGCUUGCUUGUUUGGCGGCAUCGCCAUCGGACCCGCGCUGGCAGGCUACAUCAUCAAUGCGCGCCAGAAGUACGUUGGCAAGACCGAAGCCGUUUUGCUCAUCUUCUACAUGGCCCUUGGUGCCCACUUGAUCUUCAUUGCAUUCCUUGCCUUCCUUGUCCCCGAAUCGCUCAGCAAAGCACGCCAGGAAGCCGCACGUGAGAAGCGCAGAGAGGAAGUGGAACGACAGGGUCCCGCCGGCGACUUCAUCAACCAGCUACGCUCUAUCAACCUGUUUGGCCCGCUGAAGAUUCUCUGGCCGACUGGACCUGGCACCUCGUCGGCUUUGCGCUGGAACCUGCUUCUGUUGGCCGCUACCGAUACCAUCAUGUUUGGUGUCGCAAUGGGUGCCAUGAGCGUUGUCCUCGUCUACACGCGCCGCCAAUUUGAUUGGCAUGAGCUAGAAAGCGGCCGCUUCACCACUAUCGUGAACAGCUCGCGUGUUUUUGCUCUUCUAGUCAUUCUGCCGAUUCUGACCCGCAUCUUCCGCGGGAAGAACGGGGCUGCCCGCAUGCGCAGUUCAGGUUCUGACCUAUUUGACCUUUCCAUUAUCCGUGCAGCCAUCUUCUUCGACAUGGCUGGCUUCCUCGGAUAUGCCCUUGUCCGCAAAGGCGAGCUCUUCGCACUCUCUGGCGCUAUUGCUGCCAUUGGCGGUAUCGGUUCGCCCACUCUUGGCGCUGCAUUGACCAAACAUGUGCCGCAAGAUCAGGUCGGUCAACUGCUAGGUGCCACGGGCUUACUUCAUGCUGUUGCACGUGUGAUGGGGCCCACCAUCUUUAACGGUAUCUACAGUACCACAGUCGGCGCGUACAGACAGACCGUUUUCGGCCCCGCAACCGCCAUGUCGAAAGAGAACCGCGCUUUCGAUACCCAGAGAUUGGGCGCAGGCUACGGCUUCGAGUCGCACCCGAAGCAUGCUAUUGAAAUGCCCCCAACAUGGGUGCUUCUCGUAGGCUUGGGCUUUCUGCUAUGCGCCAUGGGCUUUUGGCUUUAUAUAGCAUUGAACCUCCUCGCGCCCACUCCGCGACUGCCACGGCGUUCCGAGAAACAAUACACGACGAUACUACCCGACGGUGCACGAAGCGACCCAAAAGAACUUCCGUGCUGGCUGGACAAAUGGGCAGCAGAGAAGGAAGCCGCCAAGAAACAAGCCGCGAAGGAGCCGGGAAGUAAAGUCGUCAUACCGCCACAGAUGCCCAUCGAAGAACCGGAGCUCUUCAUGAGCGUCGUGGUCCCCGCAUACAACGAGGAGGAGCGGCUGGAAGGCAUGUUGGAGGAGGCUGUCGACUACCUGGAGAGCCAAUACGGUGAUGCGCAUGCUGGCGGCAAGGGUGAAAAGAGCCAGAGAGGAUGGGAGGUACUCGUUGUUAGUGAUGGAAGCACUGACGGCACCGUCGACAAAGCGCUGGAGUUUGCAAAGGAGCACCAACUCAGCCAACACCCCAAGUCGAAGCCAGGGCCGUGGUCGAAGAACGGCGACGCCAAGGCCGCGCACUCAACACACAUCCCACACGGCAGUAUCCGCGUCGUCGCGCUUGAAGAGAACAGAGGCAAAGGCGGCGCAGUCACGCACGGCAUGCGACAUGUUCGAGGCCAGUACAUUGUCUUCGCCGACGCAGAUGGCGCGAGUCGAUUCUCGGACCUAGGGGCUCUCGUUGAAGGCUGCCAGAGCAUCGAGGACAAGCAUGGGCGCGGUGUUGCCAUCGGCUCUCGAGCUCAUCUCGUCGGCAGCGAAGCCGUUGUUCAGCGCUCCAAACUCCGCAACUUCUUGAUGCACUCGUUCCACAUCCUCCUUCGCAUCAUGACGCCUCCGGCCACCGCACGCAUCAAGGACACGCAGUGCGGCUUCAAGUUGUUCUCACGACCAGCACUUCCCUAUAUUGUCCCCUACAUGCACUCGGAAGGCUGGAUCUUCGACGUCGAGAUGCUGAUGCUGGCCGAGAGCGCUGACAUUGCCAUGAUUGAGGUGGCCAUCGGGUGGAAGGAGGUCAUGGGUAGUAAGCUAAAUGUUGUAUGGGAUAGUAUUGGCAUGGCAUGGGGUCUUGCGCUGUUGAGAGCUUGUUGGAUAGCGGGUAUUUACCAGAAGGACUAG